UGAAGGAGAACGUCCUGCUCAGAAUGAGAAGAGGAAGGAGAAAAACAUAAAAAGAGGAGGCAAUCGCUUUGAGCCGUAUGCCAAUCCAACUAAAAGAUACAGAGCCUUCAUUACAAAUAUCCCUUUUGAUGUGAAAUGGCAGUCACUUAAAGACCUGGUUAAAGAAAAAGGGAUGUGCUGUUGUUGAAUUCAAGAUGGAAGAGAGCAUGAAAAAAGCUGCGGAAGUCCUAAACAAGCAUAGUCUGAGUGGAAGACCACUGAAAGUCAAAGAAGAUCCUGAUGGUGAACAUGCCAGGAGAGCAAUGCAAAAGGUGAUGGCUACGACUGGUGGGAUGGGUAUGGGACCAGGUGGCCCAGGAAUGAUUAAUAUCCCACCCAGUAUCCUAAAUAAUCCUAACAUCCCAAAUGAGAUUAUCCAUGCAUUACAGGCUGGAAGACUUGGAAGCACAGUAUUUGUAGCAAAUCUGGAUUAUAAAGUUGGCUGGAAGAAACUGAAGGAAGUAUUUAGUAUGGCUGGUGUGGUGGUCCGAGCAGACAUUCUUGAGGAUAAAGAUGGAAAAAGUCGUGGAAUAGGCACUGUUACUUUUGAACAGUCCAUUGAAGCUGUGCAAGCUAUAUCAAUGUUCAAUGGCCAGCUGCUAUUUGAUAGACCGAUGCACGUCAAAAUGGAUGAAAGGGCAUUACCAAAGGGAGAUUUUUUCCCUCCUGAGCGUCCACAACAACUUCCUCAUGGUCUUGGUGGUAUUGGCAUGGGAUUAGGACCAGGAGGGCAACCUAUUGAUGCCAAUCACCUGAAUAAAGGCAUUGGAAUGGGAAACAUAGGGCCAGCAGGCAUGGAGGGACCCUUUGGUGGUGGUAUGGAAAACAUGGGUCGAUUUGGAUCUGGGAUGAACAUGGGCAGGAUAAACGAAAUCCUAAGUAAUGCACUGAAGAGAGGAGAGAUCAUUGCAAAGCAGGGAGGAGGUGGAGGUGGAGGCAGUGUCCCCGGGAUCGAGAGAAUGGGCCCUGGCAUUGACCGCAUUGGGGGUGCCGGCAUGGAGCGCAUGGGCGCAGGCCUGGGCCAUGGCAUGGAUCGCGUGGGCUCUGAGAUUGAGCGCAUGGGCCUGGUCAUGGACCGCAUGGGCUCCGUGGAGCGCAUGGGCUCCGGCAUCGAGCGCAUGGGCCCAUUGGGCCUUGACCACAUGGCCUCCAGCAUCGAGCGCAUGGGCCAGACCAUGGAGCGCAUCGGCUCCGGUGUGGAGCGCAUGGGCGCCGGCAUGGGCUUCGGCCUGGAGCGCAUGGCCGCCCCCAUCGACCGCGUGGGCCAAACCAUUGAGCGCAUGGGCUCUGGUGUGGAGCGCAUGGGCCCUGCCAUUGAGCGCAUGGGCCUGAGCAUGGAGCGCAUGGUGCCCGCGGGUAUGGGAGCUGGCCUGGAGCGCAUGGGCCCUGUUAUGGAUCGCAUGGCCACCGGCCUGGAGCGCAUGGGCGCCAACAACCUGGAGCGGAUGGGCCUGGAGCGCAUGGGCGCCAACAGUCUGGAGCGGAUGGGCCUGGAGCGCAUGGGCGCUAACAGCCUGGAGCGCAUGGGCCCCGCCAUGGGCCCGGCCCUGGGCGCUGGCAUUGAGCGCAUGGGCCUGGCCAUGGGCGGCGGUGGCGGUGCCAGCUUUGACCGCGCCAUUGAGAUGGAGCGUGGCAACUUUGGAGGAAGCUUCGCAGGUUCCUUUGGUGGAGCUGGAGGCCAUGCUCCUGGGGUGGCCAGGAAGGCCUGCCAGAUAUUUGUGAGAAAUCUUCCGUUUGAUUUUACAUGGAAGAUGCUGAAGGACAAGUUCAACGAAUGUGGCCACGUGCUGUAUGCCGACAUCAAGAUGGAGAACGGGAAGUCCAAGGGCUGCGGCGUGGUGAAGUUUGAGUCGCCGGAGGUGGCGGAGCGAGCCUGCCGGAUGAUGAACGGCAUGAAGCUGAGUGGCCGGGAGAUUGAUGUUCGAAUCGACAGGAAUGCCUGAGCGGUUGCCUUUGCUCGACAUCCGUACCAGGCCUCUGAAUUUGUACUUCUUGUUAGCCAUCCUAAUUUGUGGGCCGGAUGUAUAAAGAUGUUUAAAAACUCAGUUGCUUUUUGGGGUACUUUGAAUUACUUUUUUAAUGACUGGGAUUCCAUUUGACUGUUGGCAUUGAGAUUGCAAUGUGCGCAAUUUUUUUUGUAGUUGUGGCAUCUUGUUGACGUCGAAUAUGACUUUGAUAAUAAAUACCAGUUCCUGAAA